AUGGCACUCCAGACUGAGUCCAUACUGCCAUUCACGCUCCGCCUCAAUGCGUUGGAAGCAAAAGUCAUCGGCGCGUCGAGCUAUCCCAGCUCGGACCCGCGCGAUACCGCCCCUCCCAAGCUGGGCGAGUCGAGCAAGACUGCCCUGAGGCGUGUGAGGGAGAUACAUGAGGCUUUGGAGAGAAUAGGGGGCGAUAAUGAAGGCUUGAGGCGAUUUAUUGGGAAUUAUGAGGCGUAUCUACCAUUUCUGUCCCUUCCGGAUCCUUCCAGCGCAUCAGGAGCACAAGGAGAUCCGUCAGACCCGUCGAGACCAGCGACAGGCCCGAUAGCGGAGUACGACCUCGUACCUGAUAAAGUCAAGGUGACGAUGCUGCUUGAAGCAGCGGCGGAUAUCAAGGGGGUUGAGCGGGAUUUGAGGGAGGUCGAGCUACUGAAGGGAAGAGGAGUGGAGGGUGCCGGAGAGCUUGAGAAGCUACUACCUUUGCGGCCACAGCUUCUGGAUCGGACGCGAGAGUCACAAAACCAGUCACAAGCUUUAUCGGCAGCGAGGCAGCAGACGACUAAUCUACUUGUACAGUAUAACGAAUACACGAGCGCGCUAUCCGAGCUGUUCCUAGACAUACAUCGGAGGUUGGAGUACAUGGAGGAGGCUGUCAGUCGAGUCGAGCGGAAGAAGCGCAGAGAGCUGGCAGAGCGAUACUAG